AUGUCUUCCCGUCCGCACAACGAGGAGCCUCUCCCACUCCUCUCCGCUGAGGAGAGAGACCGUGAUAUGAAGGGCGAACUUGAUGUCGAGAGCGACGCCGGUCGCGCCGAGCCUCCCAAGAACAACAACCUCGAGCACGAGUACUCCAUUCCCAGCACCGUCAAGUUCGCAUGGCUCGGAACCUACUUCUUCUUCUCCCUGCUCUUGACUCUCUACAACAAGCUGGUUCUCGGAAUGUUCCACUUCCCAUGGCUCCUGACUUUCCUCCACGCCUCUUUCGCCAGUGUCGGUACCUAUGUCAUGAUGCAGAUGGGUUACUUCAAGCUCUCCCGACUGGGGCGCCGUGAGAAUCUCGCUCUUGUUGCUUUCAGUGCUCUGUUCACUGCCAACAUUGCCGUCUCCAACCUGUCUCUAGCCAUGGUUUCUGUUCCCUUCUACCAGACCAUGCGCAUGCUGUGCCCGAUCUUCACCAUUCUCAUCUACCGCGUCUACUACGGCCGUACCUACAGCAGCAUGACCUACCUCUCUCUUCUUCCUCUCAUCAUCGGUGCCGCCAUGACCACCCUUGGUGAGAUGAGCUUCACUGAUGCCGGUUUCCUUCUCACUAUUCUUGGAGUCGUUCUCGCUGCUCUCAAGACUGUCGUCACCAACCGAUUCAUGACUGGUUCUCUCGCACUCCCCCCGAUUGAGUUCCUCCUCCGCAUGUCCCCUCUCGCCGCCCUCCAGGCUCUGGCUUGCGCCACUGCCACCGGUGAAGUCAGCGGCUUCCACAAGCUCAUCACCUCUGGAGAUGUCUCUCUGCCUCCUGCUUUCGCUUCGCUCUUCGGCAACGGUUUCCUCGCUCUGCUUCUCAACAUUUCGUCUUUCAACACCAACAAGCUUGCUGGUGCCUUGACCAUGACUGUUUGCGGUAACCUCAAGCAGUGCUUGACUGUUGCCCUCGGUAUCUUCCUCUUCGAUGUUACCGUCGACCUGCUUAAUGGUGCGGGUAUGGCCGUCACAAUGCUUGGUGCUGCUAUCUACAGCAAGGCUGAGCUCGACAACAAGAACCGAAAGAGCCAACAAGCUGCUGCUGCUGCCUAUAAGCCCGUCGAGCAGCAGUCUCGGUAA